UACUUUGUUAGCAUUUGCAUUCUUGAAGAUAACGAAAAUAAAUGGGAAAGUGUGAAAAAUCGCAGUAGUUUUUUGAGGGAAGUACAAUUAUUAAGGAUGGUGCAUCUAAAAUAAUCGAUAAUAGAAAAAUUAGAUUCGAGUGAGAGGCAGUGGCUGGCUAUUUGUUGAGCCUGAAGAGAUUUUUAGAUGAAGUUCAAGAGAGGCUGAUAGUAAUUAUUUGAGUUCAAUUAUUAUUAUUUUUUAAAUACCGAAAUCACGGAUACUUCAGACAUAAACGCUGAUAGAACCUCAGUAUGUAUUAAUUCCUUUUCUGUGCAUGGUUUUUAUUUACCUGAUAAAUCGCUGGUGCUCUUCGUCGUCCAUGACUGAUUGAUUGGAUUAACUGGAAAAACACUGAAGCGAUUGGUUUGGGAGUAUACUGCUGUCAACAUGUCACUCAAUCUAACGUUUUACGUAAUGGACCGUCUGAGGAGAAGCUUACGCGACAGUUUCCGUAGAAAAAAAGAUCAUAUUCCAGAAUGUAGCAAACCCCACCAAUGGCAAGCAGACGAAGCUGCUGUCAGGGCUGGUACGUGCAGCUUUCCAGUUAAGUACCUUGGUUGUGUAGAAGUAUUUGAAUCCAGAGGAAUGCAAGUGUGUGAAGAAGCUUUAAGAGUUUUAAGGAAUUCUAGGCGAAGAAUAAUAAAAGGGACCUUGUAUGUCACUGGUGAUGGGCUUCGUGUUGUUGAUGACGAAACAAAAGGCCUUCUUGUAGAUCAAACGAUCGAAAAAGUUUCCUUCUGUGCACCUGAUCGAAAUCACGAAAGGGGAUUCUCCUACAUCUGUCGAGAUGGAACCACUCGAAGAUGGAUGUGCCAUGGGUUUCUUUCUCUAAAAGAUUCCGGUGAAAGAUUGAGCCAUGCAGUUGGAUGUGCAUUUGCAGUGUGUUUAGAAAGGAAACAAAAACGAGACAAAGAAGCUGUUAGUGUUAAUUACGAUCCUACCAAUGCAACAUUUACACGCACUGGUUCAUUCCGCCAAGGCUCAUUAACUGAAAGGCUGCAAGACCCCCAAGACUGCAAAGCUGCUGAUCCUCCUCCCUCCAAACAAGUACACAACCCUUAUGCUAUUGAAAGACCACAUGCUCCUCCUACUAUGCUGCAAAGGCAAAACUCUUUUAGAGGGUUUACAUCUCUAAAUCAGGCCUCCCCGUUCAAAAGACAACUCUCCCUGAGGCUAUCCGAUUUGCCGUCGACUCAAGAAAGGCAACGUUCUAUGUCUGUUGGAUCUUCUGACAUGUUGACUCACCAGAAUGGGAUGUCAGUCACUCCAAUACCUGAAUCUUCACCAUUGAUUGAAAGGCAAGACACUAUCAGUACCAUGUGCCAGCAGCUAUCCCAAGGGCUUUCAUUUUUAAGCAAUCAUAGUGGUGAUCCUUUUGACGCGGAAGUUUCUUCUCAGAAAAAUGAAGGAUCUUCUCGAGCAGAAGAAUGGUUAGCGAGUAGCACAAGUAUAGUCCGUAAGAAUUCUCUAGAAAAAGCAAUUAAGUUACCAAUGCCCAAUUCCACUGCUCCUGUAAUGAACGUACCUCUCGCCCACACUGGAAUAGGAAUUACUUCUACCAUUGCAAAGCCUCCGUCUCCCAAAACUAUUCAGCCCCCUAUUCGACGUGCCAGCCCAAACUUCGCACAUCUACGUAGCAACUCCCUGGGCUCUGGUGAAAACUUUCUAACUCAAGUCAACUGGAAACAACCUCCCAUGGUAGCCGGUGAUAGUGGUAGCAAUUUAGUUGACAUUCAAAGGACUGAAAAGGAAUCGCAGAAGCCGGUUAAUCCGUACGUCGACCCCUUCAAUGUGGAAUGGGUCGAAAUAGACAAGAAUCGCAAGAGCAGCACAAACCCUUUUGUUGAAAAUUCUGUGAAGGCCUUUGAGGUUCAUAUGUGAGAUGAUGCAAUAACAAAUGCAUUUAUGUGUUUCAUGCAUUGUUGAAGAGGUGUUGUUCCAUUUAAAUGGUUGUUUAGUUUAACUUACUCUGCUCUAACAAUGUUACUCGAAUAAAAAAUUUUUAUUUUUGUGUUCAGGUUUGUGUCCUCAGCAGUAUUUUUGAUUUGAAAAUGCAUCAAAAGAAAUAAAAACUUUCUAAAACGCUAAAACGUUUUAAAUAAUAGGGGAAUGUAGGGCAAAGUGAAAUAAUUAAGGUAACUUAAGUUUUUCAAAAUGAAAAAGCUGGAAAUUCGUUCUGAAAAUUAUAGUGCAUAAAGAAAGAACAAUAUAUUUUAUUAUAAAAUUUGCAUUGGAACAAUUUUUUUUGGGGGGGGAGGGCAGUAAAUUUGUACUUCCAAAAAAAAAGUGGAAUUUUUUUCACUUUUUCUCAUGGGGCAAAGUGAAAAAUAAAAUAUUUUUCAAAUGAAAUGUUUUCUAUACAGUUAUUAAAGAUUUUUUUGAUCAAAUAAAUGAGUAAAUAGAUGAAUGAAUGUAUACAUGUCAGUUAAUAAAAUAGAGAAUGAAUAAGAAAAGAAGUGAAUCAACGAACAAAUAUUUCACUUUGUCUCGCUAUUUUACUUUGCCCCACAUUCCCCUAUCUGUUUCCUCUUUAAAGUUGUAAAUACCCUUAUGUGCGUGUAGGGCAUUGCUAUGUUUGUGUAAGAUCACAUCAAAUACUCAUGCUGCAUCGAACAUUCAUUCCUUUUACUUAGUCGUGAUUUAUGUGUGUAUGUAAUGUACUGUUUUCAGAAAAUUUUAUUUAAUCUAGCAUUUUUGGAGCUAAAUAUCUGUUGCUGUCAUAAUUUCACUUUAACUUAGAAUGUUUUAAAAAUACUGCUGAGAACUGUGUUUUUACUGAUAUUUAUUAUAAAUUUCAGCAUCUAUAAAAUGCAAAAGUUUCAAAAUAUGUCUAUAAAUGCUAAAAAAAAUCGAGAUUAUUUGUUCCUUGUAGAAUUGAAAGUUAGUUUAAAAUCUAGGUUCAUUUAGCAUUGUAGAAUAGCGUUAAUAUUACAUAUAAUUGUGGCACAUCCAGUGUGGCUGCACUUCUGAAAUUCUGUUCUUGCUUUAAAAGAAAAAGAAGAAAGUUUAAUCUAUUUUUAUGCUACAAUUUUUAGCGAAAAGAAACAAACUGUACAUAUUUCAUGCAAACUAAAAAUGAGAAUAUCUCUGUAUCUGUCUUAUAUUUUUCUAAAUGAAAAACAUUGUUGCUUGGUACUGUAAUUAUUAAACAUAUGAAAUGUAGCAAUGCCUUUUUGAUUGUACUAUAAAUUUCAGAAUGUUAAUAUGUACUUAUGUCAGAAAUGUUGUUUAAUAUUUGUAAAAUUUAUACAUAAUUAUUAUGCUUUUGCAUUCAAAAAAUUCAGUUUAGUUUUAAUGUAGUUCAGAGGUUUCCAAACUUCAG